CUCGAUUCUCCCAGCAUUCUCGGUGCAGUCGGAGAAGGGCUCCCAGGCAGACCAGACAGGUGGAAACGAUCGAAACAAGGCUGCAGCUGGCCACAUCUGACGGACAUAGGGCAUCGCGUGCCCUCAGCCGCAAUAUAUCCUCCCAUUCUCCGUUAUUAUUAUCUCUCCCUUCUCUCCCUGGCUAAUUAUUACUACUCUCUAAUCCUUUCGUUCGCUUCUGCAAGGGGCCGCCUAUGGUUCUUGGGAUUCCUCAUGCCCGUGUCCCAUAUCUAAUGGGAGAGACUUGCAUCCUCCCCACCCCAUCGGCGGCAGUACUAUCUUUAUUCGAGGUCCGGAUCUCUGCGGCCUUGAACUGACGUGCAAAAUUGACGUUUUUACGCUUGUCUUCAUUUAAUUCCCUUUCUUUUCCGUCUUCCUUCGCCCGCUUCUGCUACUCUUUGUUAUAUACGGAGUAGUACAUUUUCCAAUAUGCUCAAGGUGGGGUCAUGGCUGUAUGGCAAAAAGCCCAGCCAUAAUACCUCGACACAGUCUCUUAAUUCCCUAUCGGAGUUGCAGGAUCUUGAUGACGCACUGAGAGCGGCGACAUUGAUCCUCAAUGACGAUGUUGAUGGUGCCGAAGCCGGUCUUGACAAGGGCGUUUCAUCUUUCCACAAGGUAUGUGCACGAUUUCCUCAUGCCUCGACAAGAGGAGGGAUAUAUGAGAAACUCGGUUUGGCUAAAAUUGCCAACGUCCACCUAUUGAAUAUUUUACCCUUUUCUUUUGGAGGAGUUUCUUUGCUUAUGUUCCCGUUUUGCGCGUAUAGCUGGGAAAGGGCGUCGUUGCGUUCGUUCGUGCAACAUUAGGGUUUGAACAAGAUAUUAUGCGUCAAGGUCCGUGUGCUUGUCCUUCCUGUUGGUCUUAAUACUUGACAUAUGCCUAAUAUUCGAUCAGCGGCGGACCGCCUUAACGAAGCCGAAACCAGCUGCGCCAACGACCAGCACAGAGCUCAUCACAAUGCGAACGCACCUAAUGCGUUUCAGUCACAGAUAUAUGCCCCUGGCUCCGAAUUUGCGCUAUGUCAAGCCAUGGCUCAGCUCAUGGGUGCUGUUAUUGGCGUCUUGAAUGAAAGUCUCACGGAGAGUAUCAGAGGUUUCUAUAGGCUGAGAAAAGCGUAUGUAACCCUUGAGUCUAUUCUUAACAUGGAAGAGAAAUUCGUGCAAAAGUUGGAACGUACACUGGAGUCUGAAGAUGGGAGGCCUACGGAUGGGGCUGCGCUAAGGAAGCAAAGGGAUGCGUCUACAUAUACAGUCACCGCAACAAGGAUGGCAACCACAGGAUCAAUCACCGAAAGGUUCGCCGAUGGAGGCGUGGAGAUAAGUCGGACAUUGUCCUCUUUAGCAAUCUCUGAGACACAGGCUAGUUCUGAAGCACCCGCGCAGACCGCUGCCGACACACCAACUAACAAUAGCGCGAUCAAUCUCGACCCGGAUUCCGAGAUCUUUAGUAACCAGAUUGAUGCUUUUGUUCACUCUGGAUCCAAUUUCUGUUUUGGUAUUAUACUGCUGAUAAUUUCCAUGGUCCCUCCGGCUUUCAGCAGAUUGCUUUCCGUAAUUGGUUUUCGAGGGGAUAAACAAAGGGGUCUGCGGAUGCUGUGGCAGGCUAGCAAGUUUCCCAAUUUGAUUGGUGCAAUCUCUGCACUUGCACUGUUGGGCUACUAUAACGGCUUUGUCCGAUAUUGCGAUAUCAUGCCUGAUAGGUCGGCAGGCGCUGACGGGGAUAUAGAGGGCUACCCACAGGAGAGGCUGGCAGCUCUCCUAGUCACAAUGAGAACGCGAUAUCCCAACAGUCAGCUUUGGCUUCUGGAGGAGUCCAGAAUGUGCGGAGCUAACAAGAACCUGGAAGCUGCUCUGGAUCUUCUGUGUCGCGGCGCCCGAAGUCCACUAAAGCAAGUUGAGGCGCUACGGGUAUUUGAACGGAGUCUGAAUGCGAUGUAUCUCCAUAAAUAUGAACUCUGUUCGGAGUCAUUCAUUGAGUGUGCAGGAAUCAAUUCCUGGUCUCGCUCUCUAUACUAUUACAUCGCUGGAGCCUGUCAUGUGGUCUUGUACCGCACAAAUGCCAAAUCUGAUCCGUCAGUUGCCAAGAAGCAUGCUGAAAAGGCCACUGAGUACUUCCGCACGGCACCGACUUUGGCGGGACGAAAACGCUUCAUGGCAAGGCAGUUGCCAUUCGACAUGUUCGUGACGCGGAAGAUCGCAAAGUGGGAAGCCCGUGCCAAGGAAUGGAAGGUUUCUCUAGUGGACUCAAUUGGUGUCGAUCCCAUCGAAGAGAUGAUCUUCUUUUGGAAUGGACAUAGCCGCAUGACGAGAAGCCAACUGGAAGAAUCGCUGUCCAAGAUCGCCUGGUCCGAAGAGAAUGCCAAUAGGAAUCUGACCCGCCAGGCACCGGAGGAGCAGGUUAUUUUGGAUCUGCUUCGCGCCGCCGUUCUACGAGCUAUGCGCAGACACCAGGAGGCGGAGAAGAUCCUCAUUACCCGGGUCCUCAACCAGGACAAGGCCAUGUUCAAGGUUAAUCUGAGGGACGACUGGGUCCUUCCUGUCGCCCACUUUGAGAUGGCGGCUAAUCUUUGGAUGGAGCGUCCGGCCUACGUUGCUGCGCACGGCCCUGCAGAGUCCUCGUUGACUUCAGCAGCGGAUGAAGCAAUAUCUAGUGUUCCUGACAAGGACCGUGAGUUGCAAAAAGUGCGCGAAUGCAAAGAGCAUCUCGAUAAGGCAGCCAAGUGGGAGAGCUACGAGCUUGACACGCGUGUUGGGCUCAAAGUGACUGCCGCUGUGGAAGCGGUGCAGAAGUGGGAGACCGCCCACUCUAUUGUCCUAUGAGUCAAUCUAGACGACUCAUUUAUACAGCUAGAUCUAGACGUCGGUUUGGUUUUUGUGGUCUUCGUUGUUACGGUGCACAUGUUGUAUAACUAUGGACCAGAUGAUUCGGUCAUGCAGAGGAAACAUCCAAUCUAGAGUAGGUAGUUCAUGCACUGAUAGACAAAAG